AUGGCUGCUCAGGAUGAACUCAAUCAACUGGAGCGCGUGUUUCUCCGCCUGGGCCAUGCAGAAACAGAUGAUCAGCUUCAGGACAUUAUCUCGAAGUUCCUGCCCCCUGUGCUCCUCAAACUCUCCAGCGUACAGGAGGGUGUGCGGAAGAAAGUUAUGGAGCUGUUGGUCCACCUUAACAAGAGGAUAAAAAGCCGACCCAAGAUCCAGCUCCCAGUAGAAACUCUGCUGGUGCAGUACCAGGAUCCUGCAGCCGCCUCCUUUGUCACGAAUUUCACAAUCAUCUACAUCAAAAUGGGCUACCCCCGUCUGGAGGUAGGAAAACAGUGUGAGCUGGCCCCGACCCUUCUCACUGCCAUGGAAGGCAAACCACAGCCUCAGCAGGACAGCCUGAUGCACCUGCUGAUCCCGACCCUUUACUAUAUGAAGUAUCCUGCAGGCACCUCCAAGAUUGCAUCUCCAUUUAACUUAACCGAGAGGCCAAAGACAGUGCAACUGCUACUGGAGUUCAUGUUAGAUGUUUUGCUAAUGCCUUAUGGGUUUGUGCUCAAUGAAUCCCCGACUCGCCCCGCUCCCUCCUCCUCCCAGGGAGGUUCUGCAGAUGGGGCAGUGGCUGCAGGUGGCCAGGGUCUCCCCCAGCCUCCCCCGGGGAUGAGUGUCUAUGCUGCCAAGAGGGUGAUUGGAGAGGCCCAGUGGAGCGCUGAGCAGCUGGAGCAGUGUAAGCUGGGAAUAGUGAAGUUCAUAGAGGCAAAGCAGGUCCCAGAGGUGGAGACAGUGGUGCACCUGGUGGUGGCAUCAAGUGACACCCGACAUAGUGUGGCCACAGCGGCGGAUCUGGAGCUGAAGAGCAAACAGAGCAUCAUCGAUUGGAAUAAUCCUCUAAUUAUCAACAAGAUGUUCAAGGUGUAUCUGGGGGAUGUUCCUCUUAAGACAAAGGGGGGCAAUAUGAAGCAAGAGCUGAAGCACGAGCCCGUGAGCACACGAGUCAAACUGAAGAUCCUGCCACAUCUUCUGCGGUCACGCCUGGCCGCAGAGUGUUUCCCAGCAAACAUCCAGGUCGUGUAUGACGGUCUAUUUGGGGCGAGCACCAACAACAAACUGCUGUCUCUCACUUUGCAGUUUGUCCAUCACAUCUGCAUGGUAUGUCCUGACACAAAUAAACCUUUGGGACUGAUGCUCCUCAAUGGUCUCACCAAGCUCAUCAAUGAAUAUAAGGAGGAUCCUAAGCUUCUGUGUGUUGCCUAUUCUGCUGUAGGAAAACUUUCAAGCCGCAUGCCACAGCUGUUCACAAAGGAUAUUGCACUUGUACAGCAGUUUUUUGAGUCCAUGUGUAAGGAGGAGCCGGAUGUCCGCCUUGCCAUCCAGGAGGCCUUGUCUAUGAUGGUUGGAGCUUAUGCCAACCUGCAGGGGGCACUGCUGAACCUGAUGGAGGCCCUGGUGGCUGCAUACAUUGGAAAGCCGGAGGUGCAAGUUCGACAGGUGGCCAUGAAGUUUGCCAGCACAGUGUUUGGUCCUGAUCACGUGCCAUCACGAUACCUGCUGCUACUGGCAGCUGGAGACCCGAGGGAGGAGGUGUCUGCGGAGGCCAAGAAGGUGCUGAGAGCUUUACCCUCAAAGAGCUCAGAGAAGGAGGGACCGAAGCCAAUGCCCUCCUUUCCUGACAUGGUGGCCUAUGUCCAGGAAAAGGCAGCUCAGAGGAUCAAGACUCCUGCUAAGUAUAUUGUUGGAACAUCCACGAUUCCUUUCAACCCGUCUGCAUUUGCAGAGAUUGUUCUGUACCUGAGGAUGUGUCUAGCCCACAGUGCCGGAGCGACGCCUAUGUCAACGCGCCUGCCAGACAUGCAAGAUGAUGCACCGGCAAUUGGCCGCUAUGUCCAAACACUGCUGUCCUCGGAUCAGCCUACAGUGUCAAAGGGAUUUGAGGCAAACCCCGUUCAUGUCUACAUGGAUCUGCUGCAGCAGCUGCUGUCUGCUGUCGGGGGAAUCCCUGUUAUGUAUUGUCUGCUGGAAGUGGUGUCUGUGUGCCCAGAGAAAUUGGCUCCCAGAUUCAUUGAUAAAAUAGACUGGAUUAAAAGUCUGAUGAACACAAAUAAGGAAGACAUGAGGGAGCUCGCAGCACAGCUCUAUGCUUUGGUGGUCUCCACUAUGACCGGCAACGAGCUGCAGAUGGCUGUGCAGAACCUGGUCAAAAUCACUAAAGACAACCAUAGUCCUGAGACUCAGCAUGGCGCCAUCUUGGCUCUCGGUUACAUGGUGGGACGGUACAUGAGCAGGAGGAAAGCAGUAAACGCGAGCGACUCCAUGCACAACAUGGAGCAGCAAAUGAGCCCUCCCCCCAAAGAAGACGAUGAACUUGUUGCCAGGGCCACCAAGACAAUUGGUUCCUUCUUGGACAGCAGUAGUGCACUUCUUGCUGUAGCAGCGUGCACAGCUCUCGGAGAAAUUGGGCGCAAUGGCUCCCUGCUGAUCCCUGCAGAGGGGGAGGGCUUCACCAAGCUGUCCACAGUGGAAAACCUGUUGGCUCGGAUCCCCUCUGGCAAGGAAACCACAAAGAUGAAGGAGCGAUCAAUCCAGACGUUGGGUUACCUUCCUGUGGGAGAUGGAGACUUCCCUCACCAGAAGAAGCUGCUGCAGGGUCUAAUGGACUCUGUUGAGGCCAAGCAGGUGGAGCUGCAGUUUACAGUUGGAGAAGCUAUAACCAGUGCCGCGAUAGGCACCAGCUCUGGAGCUGCCAGGGACCCAUGGACCUGCACGGAGGACCAGUACAGCCCACCACACAAUGUGAAAAACAACGAUGUGGUUCCCUGGGUCCUCAACUCUAUCCUGUCCAAGUACAUAGGCAGCCAGAACCCCCAUGUCCGACAAGCAUCCUGCAUAUGGUUGCUCUCCCUGGUCAAGAAACUCAGCCAGCACAAGGAAAUCACAACCCAUCUAAAAGAGAUUCAGGUGGCCUUCAUCUCAGUUCUCUCUGACCCUGAUGAGUUGAGUCAGGAUGUGGCGUCUAAAGGUCUGGGUCUCGUCUACGAGAUGGGAGGAGAGGGCGACCAGCAGAAACUGGUGUCCACAUGUGAAACUCUGAUGACUGGCAAAAGAGUGAAACACGCCGUUUCUGAAGAUACAGAGGUGUUCCAAGGCGAAGGGUUGGGAAAAACACCUGACGGUCAUGGCCUGACCACAUACAAGGAGCUCUGCUCAUUGGCCAGCGACCUGAACCAACCCGAUCUCGUCUACAAGUUCAUGAAUCUGGCCAAUCAUCAUGCGAUGUGGAACUCCCGCAAGGGAGCAGCUUUUGGUUUCCACAUGAUCGCCACCAAGGCCGGGGAGCAGCUGGCUCCGUUCAUGCCCCAACUUGUUCCCCGUCUGUAUCGCUACCAGUUUGACCCCAACCUGAGCAUACGGCAGGCCAUGACCAGUAUCUGGGAUGCACUGGUCACUGAUAAGACCAUGGUGGAUAUGUAUCUGAAGGAGAUCCUGCAGGAUGUCAUUUCAAACUUGACCAGUAACACAUGGAGAGUGCGCGAGUCCAGCUGCCUCGCUCUGAACGACCUGAUUCGCGGCCGCCAGGCUGAUGACCUCAUCGAUCACCUGGCAGAAAUUUGGGAGACACUUUUCAGAGUGCUCGAUGACAUCAAGGAAUCAGUUAGAAAAGCUGCAGACUUAACGCUGAAGACGCUCAGCAAGGUGUGUACUCGUAUGUGUGAGUCGACGGGCUCCGCGGCCCAGAGGACCGUGGCCGUAAUGUUGCCCACCCUGCUGGAGAAAGGCAUCGUCAGCAACGUGUCAGAGGUCCGCACUCUCAGUAUCCAGACCCUGGUGAAGAUCAGUAAAACAGCCGGGGCCAGACUUAAGCCUCACGCUUCCCGCUUGAUCCCGGCACUUUUGGAGGCUCUCAGCACCCUGGAGCCUCAGGUCCUAAACUACCUCAGUCUCAGAGCCACGGAGCAGGAAAAGAGUGCCAUGGAUGCUGCCAGGCUAAGUGCUGCUAAGUCCUCUCCGAUGAUGGAGACGGUGAACAUGUGUCUGCAGCACCUGGAUGUGUCCGUGCUGGGAGAGCUGGUUCCCAGACUCUGUGAGCUGCUCAAGAGUGGAGUCGGCCUGGGCACAAAGGGCGGCUGUGCGAGUGUGAUAGUUUCACUCACGGUGCAGUGCCCCCAAGACCUCACCCCGUACUCAGGUAAACUGAUGAGCGCCCUGCUCAAUGGUAUCCAUGACAGAAGCAGCGUGGUGCAGAAACAAUUUGCCUUUGCUUUGGGGCACUUAGUGAGGACGGCGAAAGACAGCAGCGUGGAGAAACUCCUACUGAAGCUCAACAGCUGGUACUUGGAGAAAGAAGAGCCCGUUUACAAGUCGUCAUGUGUGUUGACCGUGCACGCCAUCAGCCACUACAGCCCCGACGUGCUGAAGGGCCACGCGGGAGUGGCCCUGCCGCUGGCCUUCCUGGGUAUGCAUCAAGCUCCCGGCCCUGAGGAGGAGAAAGGCGAGAGCCACGACGCCACGCUGUGGGCCGAGGUGUGGCAGGAGAACGUCCCAGGAAGCUUCGGAGGCAUCAGACUCUACAUGACGGAGCUGAUCGCCAUCACGCAGAAGGCUCUGCAGUCCCAGUCCUGGAAGAUGAAGGCUCAGGGUGCAGCUGCCAUGGCAACCGUUGCCAAGGAACAGACAGGCUCAUUGGUGGCCCCACACCUUGGCAUGGUGCUAACGGCAUUAAUCCAGGGACUGUCUGGGCGCACAUGGGCAGGAAAGGAGGAGCUUUUGAAAGCCAUCGGUUCUGUCGUCUCCAAAUGCAGCGGCGAGCUGAAGAAGCCGUGCUCAGGCCAGCCCACCAUCGCCGAGGUGUUGGAGGUCGUGUUGAAGGAGUGCCGCAAGGAGAGUCUCGUUUACAAGAUGGCGGCUCUGCGCUGUGCAGGAGACGUGCUUCAAAGCAGCCAGGAGGACCGCUUCAGCGACAUGGCCGAGAUCCUCUUCCCUCUGAUCAAGAAGAGCUGCCCGAAGACCGGCGCCGCAUCGAGCAGGUCACGCGAGGACGACGACGAUACAGAUGUGAAGGAGAAAGAGCUGCAGACAGAAGCUCUGCUCUGUGCUUUUGAGAGUCUGGGGAAAGCCUGGCCUAGAAACCCACAGACUCAGGCUCGUUUCCAGGUGGAGGUGUGCGGUCUGAUGUGCGACAAGCUGAAACUGAGCACCUGGAAAGUCCAACUCGGUGUUCUUCAAUCCAUGAAGGCGUACUUCCAGGGGUUGUUGCUGCUCGAGAAAGGAAAUAAAGACUGAUGCUUGUCGCAGAUCCUGACUGACACCUGUGGCGCUCUCACGUUCCCUUUAGAAAACAAAAGUUACUCGUCGGUGAGGACAGAGGCCUUGUCGGUUGUGGAUCUGAUUGUGAAGAGAACGGGAGAGAGCGCACAGUGGGACUGUGUGUCCGUGAAGAGCCGGGAGCAGCUGCAGCGCUCCCUGUCGACGCUGCAGUCCGACAGCAGGCCCGACCUGAGGGACAAGGCCCAGGAGCUACGCAGACACAUCCAGAGCCAACCCUGAGCUCACACACACACACACACACACACACACAAAAACACACAUCUCAUCGAGAAAGCCAAAUUAAUGCAGUCACAACCACAAAGUACAACAAGUUAGAGCAUCUACUUCUUUCUUUUUUUUUUUGUUUGUUUUUCUUCAUCAGUGAAAUCCAAACACGUAACACGCUCCUCUGUGUGACCUUCUUCAAGCAGUGAUUCUCUCGUAAUCACACCAACCCCUCUCAUUAAUUUCAGUACUUAUCCAUGUAACCUGUGAGCACCGACGCUGACAUCACUCUUGUCAGACUGAUUCACACGCGUGGUCGAAAGGAGCUUGACUUUAAACUCAGAGAAAAAAGACGACGAUAACACGACUUGCUCCGAGUCUGAUCUCGCAGCGUAAGUGGUGAAGGGCAAGGCAUUAAUUGUAAUGUGUCAAGAUGUAUUUGGUUCAUUUAAGUGGACGGUAAGAUAAGAUUAAUAAAUGCUAUAUAAACCAAUGUGUUGGGUUUGUGGAUGCUGUAUACCUAUAACCCUGAAGACGGGGACUUUUACUACUGUUGUGGGUUUGCCUACUUAUUAAAUGUCACAACAUGCACAUGUUUGACGAGUCGACUCUGAGGUGAAGUUGCACUAUCCAGGGUCCCCGCCGUCGCCGAGUCGUGGAGAAGGAAGUGAGGCAGUGAUGGACCCCGCUGUGUGUGUGUGUGUGUCAUGUUAAAGAGUUUUAGAUCUCCUGUCUCCUGCAGGACGAGCGAGCAGAAACGACGGCCAUGUUUGUUGAGAAAGAAUGAAAUAAUAAAAACCUGCUGUUUAGAUCAGAAGUGAUGCUGUUGUUUGAAUUAUGUUCCUGAUACAAUAAAAAACUACAUUGCCAAUUUAAA